AUCAUCUACUAAAGUUACAACAACAAUUUUUAAUGUUUGUGUUCUCAAAUUUAUAUUUUAUAUUCUCAACUCUAAUUAACAAGUAGUAAUUGAACCUAAUUUCAUUAUAAAAUAAAAAUUAUAUUAUGUAAUGUAGAAAAAAUAGUUUGUUUGCUAAGUCUAUUUCUAAGUAAAAAAACAUGGAUCCAGCUUUGCUUAGAGAAAGAGAAUUAUUCAAAUUAAAAGCUUCAGCUAUUCCUGUAGUUGAAAAAAGAUUAAAAGAAGACACCAGCAACAAAGAUGAUAUUAAAAGGAAAUCAAAACCAUUACCAUCUAUGCCCAGACCACCUUCACCACCAAAUGCUUCAAGUUCAUUAAAUAGUUACAAAUCAUAUGGACAAAGUUCUCAAUAUAAAUUUGGUGUACUUACCAAAAUAGUUAAGUAUAUUAGAGCUCGACAUCAGGAUGGAGAUGAUCAUCCAUUAACAUUAGAUGAAUUAUUAGAUGAAACUAAUCAAUUAGACGUUGGAACUAAAGUAAAAACGUGGUUAGAAACUGAAGCACUGCCAGGCAAUCCAAAAAUUGAACGCACAUCUGAUGGAAAAUAUAUGUUUAAACCUCCUUAUAAACUUAAAGACAGAAAAGCUUUGUUAAAGUUAUUAAAACAACAAGAUUUGAAAGGUUUAGGGGGAAUUAUGUUGGAUGAUAUUCAAGAAUCAUUACCUAAUUGUGAAAAAGCUCUUAAGCACCUACAAAAUGAAAUAUUAUAUGUUUGUCGGCCUGGAGAUAAAAAAAAAGUUAUGUUCUACAAUGACAAAUCUGCAACUAUUGAUAUUAAUGAAGAAUUUAAAAAAAUGUGGAGGAGUAUUGCAGUAGAAAAUAUGGAUGAUGAAAAGAUAGAGGAACAUUUGGAGAAACAGGGUAUAAGUUCCAUGCAAGAUAAUGGUAUUAAAAAAGUAAACCAUGUUAAACGGAAAAAACCAGUGACCAAGAAAAGAUUAUCUAAGAGACCAAGGGAUAAUGAACAUUUGGCAAAUGUUUUGGAAGAUUAUGAUACACUGUAA